AUGCUGCCACAAAUCACAUUGGAAUCGCCUCUGGCGCAGGCCGUUGCGAAUGUCAUCCAGCCGAAGCUGGUUGAGAUGGGUUGGAGUGAUGGCCAAGAAUCGCCGUUGGUGGAAUAUAUCGUUCUUAUGCUUGUCAACGGCAAAUCCCAAGAGCAGAUCGCCACCGAGCUGUCCAACGACUUCCUGGGCCUUGAUGAAGGCGACACUGCUGCGCUUGAAUUCUCGCGAUGGCUGUUCUCACAGGUUGAGAUGCUGAACCAGCAAAUCAACGGCAGCGCCCCUUCAGACGAUCUCAAUAUGAACCAGCCGAUUCCCUCGCAAAUGGGACAGAACCCCGAAGCGCAGUCCUUCAUUCCCUCUUUCGGACAAGAGACCAACGGCCAAGAUGCCGAGAUGGGAGAUGCAGGAAGUGAAUUCAUUCCUACCGGGCCUAAGGCGAUGCGCAACGGACGCGGCGGCAAAGGGCGAAUGCUCAAUCAAAUUAACCGCACUCUAGACCGCGGCUCUGACGCAGCUCUGCAUCGCGUGCGUGGACAAGGGCAAGGAAACGGCCGCAUCGGCGGUAACAACCGAGGCAUGAAAGCAUACCAGAAUGGUCGCGGUGGUCGGAACAUGGGUGGCAUGGGAAUGCCCAACAACAUGGGCCAAGGCCCUAUGAUGCAGAUGUCACCCGAAAACCAAAUGCAACUCAUGUCAAUGUUAGAAGAACAAGCGCGUGUGAUGUCGCAGUUGAUGCCUGGUUUUGUUCCCCCCGCCGUCAACCCAGCUUUCCAGAAUGGCCAGCAAGGUCGUUCACUCUUCGAUCGCGUCGAGCGUGGUGGUCACCGUGGAGGAAACCGCGGCGGAAACCGUGGGUACAACAAGCCCAAGAAUACCAAUGGCGGCGAUAUGGAUAUGGAUACCGAGCAGGACGAAAGCAAUCCAAACAGCGUUUGUCGCUUCAAUCUUCGAUGCACGCGUCAAGAUUGCCCAUUCGCACACCAAUCUCCAGCUGCCCCCGAAGGAAGUUCCCUGGAUCCAUCCGAUGUCUGCUCAUUUGGUGCCGCUUGCAAAAACAAGAAGUGUACUGGUCGUCACCCUUCACCAGCGGUGCGAUCCGCCCACCAGGCGGAGGCCAUGUGUCGAUUCUUCCCGCAUUGCACCAACCCCAACUGUCACUUUAAGCAUCCUAGCAUGCCUGUCUGCCGCAAUGGAGCCGACUGCAAGACCGAAGGCUGCAAAUUCACACACAUUGAGACCGCUUGCAAGUUCAACCCAUGUCUCAACCCCAACUGCACCUACAAACACGCCGAGGGCCAGCGGGGUAAUUUCACCGACAAGGUGUGGACUCCACGCUCCGGUGAGCAUGUGAGCGAGCGGAAGUUUGUGGAUGAUGUUGAUGGCCCCGAAGAAUUGAUCAAGCCUGAGAACCAAGAAGGUACUCAGAGCCAGGAGCUUACCGCAUGA